AUGAAACGCAUCAAGGGUUUUGAUUUAUUUCGAAAGCUACCACAAGAAGUCAUAAUAGAUAUACUGUCCAGACUUUCGUUUGUAUGCAUUAUCCGAUCCAAGGUUGCGUCCCGGGCAUGCCGUGACGCGGUCGAGUCUCGGGAGUUCACCGAGUUCUGUCUUUCCGAGUACGAAUGCGACACUUUCUUUGUAUACACCGCCGGAGAAAAAUAUAUUGGUUCACAUUCAUACAAAAUCUUAGAAUUAAGGGAGGAUGGAAUCAACACCACCACUAUGAGCCCCUCACACACGUUGCCAGAGUAUAAGCCCCUCCCACAUAGCUCGUCGGUCGAGGGUUUGAUUUUGCUAUGGUGCCCUCGUUCGCACGGCCUUUUCGUGAGCAACCCGAUCACUUGUGAGUGCGUGAGAGUCACCAUUCCUCCGGCUCCGGAGGAUAGUAAAAAUGUCCUCGUGUUCAAGGUAGUUAUUGAUCCGAUCGCGCGUAAGCGCGCGAGAGUCCCCAUUCCUCCAGUGGAGCGUGCCGAUGUUAAUUAUGGAUUUGGGGUGAGCAAAGCAAGCAAGCAAUAUAAACUAGUCUGGAUAGUCCGGGACCACGGAUGCCAAGUAUACACUCUGGGAACAGGGCAGUGGAGGGUGGGUCCGAGCCCACCCAAAAUCCGUCAUAGAAAUGCAUGUGCAUCCCUGGGCGGGAAGCUUUACUGGGUACAAAAUUGGGAGAAUAUUUGCUCGUUCGAUCUUGAAAGCGAGGUUUUCACCACCUUUCCGGCCCCACCUUGUCCCGAAGCCGAGAAGCGUAGUUGUAGAAGAGUGUGUGUGUUGGAGGAGUGUUUGUGUGUAUGUGAUUAUGUUUAUUAUGAUGGGAUUCGAACAUGGAUAAUGAGGGGAGAAGGAGAUUGGAUUCUACAACUUGUGAUACCUAUGGCUAAGGUUGUGAGGGGUAUGAGAAUGUCUUUACCAAUCAAAGUGUUGGGAAGACAUACAAUCUUGAUGGACAAUGGCUGUGGUAGACUAUAUUGGUACAACAUCAGAACCACAACUCUUCAAAUAUGUAAUUUUGGCAAUUUCAGUCAAGGGACCAUUGCUUGCUUUUUCAAACCAGACUUAGUAUCACUCAAAACAUUGUUCCCACAACGUGAGACCAUUCACUACUUUUAAUUUUGUCUAUGACAACUAUUUUGUAUCUUUGGCAGGUUUUCAUUUGUUAGGACUA